AUGAAGACACCACCUGAUGUUGGGAUUCAACCAGAAGUCACACGCCAGAAUGCACAAGAGGACACUGGUUUGAGCCAGACUGCACAACAAGAUGACACUGGUUUGAGCCAGACUGCACAACAAGAUGACACUGGUUUGAGCCAGACUGCACAACAAGAUGUCACUGGUUUGAGCCAGACUGCACAACAAGAUGACACUGGUUUGAGCCAGACUGCCCAACAAGAUGACACUGGUUUGAGCCAGAAUGCACAACAAGAUGACACUGGUUUGAGCCAGACUGCACAACAAGAUGUCACUGGUUUGAGCCAGACUGCACAACAAGAUGACACUGGUUUGAGCCAGACUGCACAACAAGAUGACACUGGUUUGAGCCAGACUGCACAGCAAGAUGACACUGGUUUGAGCCAGACUGCACAACAAGAUGUCACUGGUUUGAGCCAGACUGCACAACAAGAUGAAACUGAUGACACUGGUGUGAGCCCAACUGCACACCAAGAUGACACUGGUUUGAGCCAGAUUGCACACCAAGAUGACACUGGUUUGAGCCAGAUUGCACAACAAGAGGACACUGGUUUCAGCCCAACUGCACAACAAGAUGACACUGGUUUGAACCCCACUGCACAACAAGAUGACACUGGUUUGAGCCCGACUGCACAACAAGAUGACACUGGUUUGAACCCAACUGCACAACAAGAUGACACUGGUUUGAGCCCAACUGCACAACAAGAUGACACUGGUUUGAACCCAACUGCACAACAAGAUGACACUGGUUUGAGCCCAACUGCACAACAAGAUGACACUGGUUUGAACCCAACUGCACAACAAGAUGACACUGGUUUGAGCCCGACUGCACAACAAGAUAACACUGGUUUGGGCCCGACUGCACAACAAGAUGACACUGGUUUGAGCCAGGCUGCACAACAAGAUGACACUGGUUUGAGCCAGACUGCACAACAAGAUGACACUGGUUUGAGUCAGACUGCACAACAAGAUGACACUGGUUUGAGUCAGACUGCACAACAAGAUGACACUGGUUUGAGCCAGACUGCACAACAAGAUGACACUGGUUUGAGUCAGACUGCACAACAAGAUGACACUGGUUUGAGCCAGACUGCACACCAAGAUGUCACUGGUUUGAGCCAGACUGCUCAACAAGAUAACACUGGUUUGAGCCAAACUGCACAACAAGAUGAUACUGGUUUGAGUCAGAUUGCACAACAAGAUGACACUGGUUAUGGCCAGACUACACAACAAGAUGACACCGGUUGCCAGACUGAUCAACAAGAUGACACUGGUUUGAGCCAGAUUGCACAACAAGAUGACACUGGUUUGAGCAAGAUUGCACAAGAGGACACUGGUUUGAGCCAGAAUGCACCAUCAGAUGACACUGGUUUGAGCCAGAAUGCACAAGAGGACACGGGUUUCUGCCCAACUGCACACCAAGAUGACACUGGCUUGAGCCCAACUGCACACCAAGAUGACACUGGUUUGAGCCAGAUUGCACACCAAGAUGACACUGAUUUGAGCCUAACUGCACACCAAGAUGAUACUGGUUUGAGCCCAACUGCACAACAAGAUGACACUGGUUUGAGUCAGACUGCACAACAAAAUGACACUGGUUAG